AUGUUUUCCAGGAAGAGGUCUUCGAGGAAGACUGCUGCUCAUCCAGGAAUACUUUUGAGGUGGAGAUCCUUGUUCCGAAAGCUGACUUCACGUCUCGUCCAGACGAUCAGGACGAGUAUAGAGUUUUCCGUGGACGACUCCGUACUUCCUGGAUGGGAUCCAAACCUUGCUUUCAGAGACGGCGGUGGUUUGAGUGAUUUUCCUCUGCCUGGCUUUGAUCGGUUCUUUUCCAACUUUCCUGCAGAUCUUGACCCGCCUCCGCCUGUGGAAGAAUGGAGAGGCUUGAAGCAGUCUCGGAAGGAUCCCGUGGGCUAA